UAUAAUUGGGUUUUUACCAACUCGUUCCUAAUUCGUUUCUCUGUGUUGGAUUAAUUCAGUUCUUCAGUUUGAUCGGGAAGAAAUGGGAAUCGAGAAGCACAAGAAAUCGCUUACCGUCGCGCCAUUCGAGUGCGCGUGGCAUGAGGAACUGCGGUUCCGAGAAGCCGGCCGCGGCUGCGUUGCAUUUGAGGCCUCGGCGCAAAACGAUGUCACCUUAGUGUUCAGAGAGCAUGUAGGGAGCCAACACUACCACUACAAGAUGGACAAUAGCCCCCACUACACUGUAAUCUUUGGUAGUCAUCGAAAUCGUAGGUUAAAGAUCGAAGUAGAUGGGAAAACCGUAGUAGAUGUUGUUGGCAUCGGCCUCUGUUGCUCUUCAGCAUUUCAGAGUUAUUGGAUCAGUAUUUAUGAUGGUUUAAUCAGUAUUGGAAAGGGGAAGUUCCCAUUUCAUAAUCUUGUUUUUCAGUGGCUUGAUUCGAAUCCCAAUUGCAAUGUUCAGUAUGUGGGGCUAAGUAGCUGGGAUAAGCAUGUAGGGUAUAGAAAUAUCAACGUUUUGCCAUUUUAUCCGGAUCAAAAUGUGCUUCUGAGCUGUUUAGAUUGCAAGGGGUAUGACGGUGAUGUAGAGGGAGAUGAGGGGAUUGACGGUUUCGAGAAGUGGGGGCUUCCGAAUUUUCUGGAGAGUUGGGAUCUCGCUGAUAUGGUGUUUGUUGUUGGUCCUGAGAGGAGGGCUGUUCCUGCCCACAAAGUUAUUUUGGGUGCGUCAGGAGACUUUAAUUUUGAUUCACUUGAUGGAAAUGUAAUUCAGCUUCCUUUGAUCUCAUAUCCUCUUCUUCAUGCGUUCUUGGAGUAUAUAUAUACUGGUCGGACGCAGAUUGUUGAAUGGCAACUUACCUCUCUCCAAGACUUGAGCUUACAAUUCAAUGUUUCACCUCUAAUUAAGCAGUGCGAAGAAAUAAUCGAUCGGUUUAAGAUGAACAAGAAAUUGUUCGACUCUGGUAAGAAAGUGGAAAUAGGAAAUAAUGACUCCAAAGUUCGGCAAUUUGGUUUACUUCCAUUUGAAGUACCAGUUGAUGUGCGAAAGCUUAGGCAUUGCCUUGCGACUGCUGAACAUAGUGACAUAGACAUACAUGUUGAGGGGCAUGGUCUUACUGCUAAAUCACACAAAGUCAUUCUUAGCCUGUGGAGCAUACCAUUUGCUAAGAUGUUCACAAAUGGAAUGAUUGAAAGCAGUUCAUCAGAGAUAUAUUUAAGGGAUGUAUCAGCUGAAGCCUUUUCCAUCAUGCUUGAAUUUAUGUACAGUGGGGAACUUGUGAUGGAUUUCAAGGAAAUGAAUUCUUUGUUGCUUGAUUUACUUCUUCUGUCCGAUCAGUUUGCUGUCACUAGUCUUCAGAGAGAAUGCUGUAAAAGGAUAUUGGAAUGUUUGUCAGAGGAUACAGUGUGUCCCAUUUUACGAGCAAUUUCAUCAAUCCCAUCUUGUAAACUACUUGAAGAAACGUGCAAGAGGAACUUCUCGAUGCACUUUGAUUAUUGCACAACUGCAAGCACCGAGUUUGUGUUGCUAGAUGAGGCAACAUUUAAGGACAUUCUUCAGCAUGCCGAUAUGACUGUAACAUCAGAAGAAAGGGUUCUGGACGCAAUUAUAGCGUGGUGUAUGCAAGCUAGUGAAAUCUGUGGUUGGACUACCGUAGACGAGCUGUUGAAUUCUUUAACACCUGAGCAGCUUUUUGGGAAGAGGCUUCCUUCAGUUGAUAUUCUGUUGCCUUUAGUGCGGUUCCCAUUAAUGCCAUCUCAUUUGCUUGAGAGGCUGGAGAAUAGCAGGCUUAGCAACCGCAUCCCUGUAUUUAGUCAGUUGGUGAAGGAGGCUAUUCAAUAUUCUGGCACAGGAUUGCCGAAUUCAGCAAUUGGUCAGAGUGUAAGGUUUCACCAUAGACGGUCAAGCUAUAAAGAGCUCCAAUACAUACGUGAUGGUGAUAAUAAUGGAGUUGUAUACUAUGCUGGAACUUCCUAUGGAGAACAUGAAUGGGUGAAUCCUGUUUUAGCUAAGAAAAUUUCUGUGACAGCUAGCAGCCCACCUUCUAGGUAUACUGACCCAAAAGCUCUGGUGUCAAGAACAUUUCAGGCCACAUUUUUUGCUGGACCGCGUAUGGAAAAUGGCCAGAUUUGUUCAUGGUGGAUGAUUGACAUUGGGCAGGAUCACCAG